AUGGAAACCUCCAUCAGCCAACCCUCGAUAACACCUAAAAGCCCAGUCUCAAACCAGCAGAGGCCACCUUCCACACCAAACGCACAAACAACGCCUGUCCACAAGCCACCGGAUAAACAUGCUACUCCACCCGUCGUUUUAUCUUUUGAAAAACGCAAGGAAGUAGCGUUUUUUACAAGUGGACGAUACCUUGGCGGUCUCCGAGCAGAAGAGUUCCUCAGUACUUUCUUACCCUAUCAGCAUCCAAACGCUCGUCGCUUGAAGCCCCGAAAGGAACGACUAGAUCUCAUGCGAAGCGUUGCUUCACAACAGUCAGAAGCCGAAAUGUACAAACCAUUCGUCCAAGCUCUCGAGAACUGGCCUCCACGGGACCCGGAUAGAAAGAUCAAGCUGGUAUUCAAAGACUGCCAUUCAGUGGGCGACCCUAACUGCGGAGGCCUCUCGGUAGAUAUUUCUAUUGGGACGUCCUCAACGCGCCGGUUUUGGGAAGACAAAUGCUACAUACCCUUUUCAGAACAAGAGUCGCAUGUGAAGAUAAAGUUUUGUGACAGCUUUGAUCCUUUCUGUGAUCGUCAAAUGCGACAAAGGAAUGUCCAUUUGCAAGGAGAAAAUGAACAGGAAUACGAGGCGGGGAUGGACGAUGAUCAGUGUGUAGGGGAUGACUUGGGCAAUGUGGAUAUCCCCUCACCGCUUCCAGAUUGCGGGCCAGUGCCAACCGAGGAUGAGCCGGAGGAUGGAACUGAGGCGGAACAGAAGGGGUCUGUUCGGAACCGACACCAUCUCUUCGAGAGCAUGACAUCGAAGGGUAUCUCAUGUCGUGGUCAGAUUGCGUACUAUGCUGCAGCACUCCUCACUGUGCAGUAUAGGGUUUUCUUCUUCCAGCUGAUAAUUUCCGGCCAGUAUGCUCAACUCGUCAGAUGGGAUCGGUCUUGUGCAAUCGUUUCCGAGCGAUUCAGCUACGUCGAAGAACCCGAGCACAUAUUCGACUUCUAUCAUCGGCUUGCUCGGCUGGACGCUACAAGUCGUGGCUAUGACCCCUCAAUUGCUAUGGCCUCGAAAGAUGAAGCCGAUCGUGCCCGGGCUGAAUUCAAGAAAUUUGGCCCAGAUGGUUGGCAUGGUCGGUCGGAGCUGCCUCACAAGUUGCACCGUACAAUUCAAUAA